AUGGCCAAGCACCUCCUCCUCCUUGCCUAUGGCUUGUCAACCGUACUUGCUCAAGACACAUCCGUCGACUAUUGUCAAGCUCUGGUCGACGUGCUCUCACUGUGCGAAGCUGAAACCAGCAACUUCUCACUGCUCCCCGCGACUUCGCAGGCCUCUUGUCUCUGCACCACCCAGCUCUCAACGCUGACAUGGGGUCCCGAGGAGUUCGACGGCCUGGCAUCCUCAUGUGCAUCGCAGUAUGCCACCAUCGACACUGAAAUAGCAAGCGACGCCAGUGCACUGGAAGGGUUCUGCACCUUGUUUGGAGCCGAUGCCCAGAUCACUUCUUCAUUGUCCGCCGCAUCAGCGACGACUUCGGCAACGCCAGGGAUCAGUAUUCAAGGAAAUCCACUCACCGAUUCUGGGCUCUCCACCGAGGCUGGCACGACUGCAACUCCUGUCACAGAGACACCCUCGACAACCCCUGCCCCUUCAGUGUCUUAUUCUGUGGUCACUGUCGGCGGGGCGACUCCAAGUGCCAGUCCCAAUUCCAACCGUGCAGCGAGACUGGACCAAAAAGGCAGUGAGCAGCUGACUAGUGGACUUCUGGUUGGUCUCCUAGGAUACUUGGGUUAUUUGUUUGCGUAA